AUGGAUCCAACACGAGCACCAAAUUUUAAGCCACCUUCUCCAGAUGAACAAUUAAUUCCACCACCAGAUCCAAUUUCUACAAUUCCAAAAUCUGGUCCAAUUAUACCGUAUGUUUUGGCUGACUAUAAUUCUUCUAUCGACGCUCCUUUUAAUCUAAACACAAAUACAAAAUUAAGAAACAAAAAUAGAUCUAGGCGGAACAACAAUGUUGAUAUAUCAUCUGAAACUGUUAUUUCUUCAAAUUCUACAUCAAACACAAAAAAUCACAAGCAUUCAAUACCUUUAAAUUUAUCUGAUUUUCAACCUUUAUCCGAUGAUAUUUCUUCAGCUUCAUCAAUAUCAUCAUCUGAUGCUGAAAAUCGAAAAACUGAAAGUACUGAAACAUCCAAUUCUAAUUUACUUUCUGAUGCAUUAAUUAAUGUGGGUGUUAAGAAACAUCAAAUAGCUGAUUUAGAGGAGGUUCCACAUGGAAUUGUUAGACAAGCAAGAGCCUUUGAAGACUAUGAAUUCCCUACACAUAGAUUGUCUAAAAAACUAUCAGAUCCAAAUAAAUUACCUUUAGUUAUUGUGGCUUGUGGUUCUUUUUCACCGAUAAUUUAUCUACAUUUGAGAAUGUUUGAGAUGGCUUUAGACAGUGUUAAUGAGCAAACACGUUUCGAAGUUGUAGGUGGUUACUAUUCUCCAGUGAGUGACACGUACCAAAAGCCUGGAUUAGCACCAGCCUAUCAUAGAGUUAGAAUGUGUGAAUUGGCUUGUGAAAGAACAUCUUCCUGGCUGAUGGUAGAUGCCUGGGAGUCACUACAACCCUCUUACACAAGAACUGCAAAGGUGUUAGAUCACUUUAACCACGAAAUAAAUGUCAAAAGAGGUGGUAUUCUUACCUCUACCGGUGAAAAAAUUGGUGUUAAAAUUAUGUUACUAGCCGGUGGUGAUUUAAUUGAAUCUAUGGGAGAACCAAAUGUAUGGGCUGAUGCAGAUUUGCAUCAUAUAUUAGGUAAUUAUGGUUGUUUGAUUGUAGAACGUACUGGUUCAGAUGUUCGUUCAUUUUUAUUGUCUCAUGAUAUUAUGUAUGAACAUAGAAGAAAUGUGCUAGUAAUCCAACAGCUUAUCUACAAUGAUAUUUCAUCAACAAAAGUUCGUCUUUUUAUAAGACGUGGAAUGUCAGUUCAGUAUUUAUUACCUAAUUCUGUUAUAAGAUAUAUUCAAGAACAUAAAUUAUAUGUGAAUCAGUCAGAGCCGGUUAAACAAGUGAUGGGAAGUAAGGAAUGA